GUUUACCCUCACAUUUCACGACUGCGAGCUCGCGAAGCUGAAAUUCAACUCGGAUUUCCAUUUUACUAUUACUCUGAUAUUCUCCGCCCACACUGUAGUCGAUAAAGCACCAAAGAUGUUCGCGCGACCACCGCGCCAAACUUCUUCAAUUCUCACAUCGUUCCUCCGACCAUCAGCUCCAGUAACUGCACCACAGUCCUACAUAUGCCAGCCAUGCCGCCGCCAACUACAUCGCGGCAUUCCUGAGGAUGGCCGCGUCCCGCCUCCAACGCCCUUUGUUCCCGAUGUGUCGACAUUCCUCAAACUCAUUGGCCGCGACAUGUCGAAGCACGAGACCAAGAUCGGAUCAUGGGAUGAACUAUUCACGCUGUCGUCGCCCCAAUUGAAGGAGAGAGGAAUUGACCCGCCUCGGACGCGAAGAUAUCUACUGCGGUGGCGAGAGAAAUUUCGAAAAGGGGACUACGGCAUCGGCGGAGACCUACAACACGUGCAAGACGGCGUUGCAGAGCUGAGAGUGGUAGAAGUGCCAACACUGAAAAGAGAUCCUGUGACGGGCGAGCCAUUGGCCGGCCCGGUGUCGACAAGCAGGAGCCCUGGGAUGCAGAAGCUGAUCGUCAAUGUCCCGAAUGGAUCACCAACCUAUGCCCUCCUACCCGGCCAGACAACGGCAGACUUGAAGAAGCCUAGGGGCUUCACACUCAAGAAUGGAUACAUCAUCAAGGGCAAGCAAGCCCAUCCUCUGAAAGGCACUUAUGGCAGUGGCGUUGUCUUGAAGGCAGUCGAAGGUCUCUGGGAACACAAGAGAGGUCACAAGGUGCAUGGUGGUGAGAGACGGAGAGCAGAAACGCUGCAUAAGAUGAGGGUGGAAGAAAACAAGAAAAGAUAGUCUUAAUAAGAUGAUCAGGACGUUCGAAGAGACUGGGCGUGGUUGCCAUAGUCAUCUGGACAGUGUACAAUGUAACAUCACAUGCGAAAACCAAAACCCAAGGUCGAUUCCCCGUUGCUUUGCAUAGGCUUAGGGCACUUCUUUACAGCAGCGGCUAGCAGGCGGGUGUAUAAUAAAG